GGGUGGGGGUGGGGGGUGUGCAGAGAGAGAGAGAGAGAGAAACCAUGAUGGAGGUGCCCAGGCACUGACAACACCAUGACACCCAGCAUCAAGCACUCGGAUUGUUUUACACCAAUGUUGUGCCACUGUAAAGUAGCAUGCACCAACAGCACCAUUUCGCUAAUGUUCGGAUGCAAGAAGUACAGGACUCAGGAUGAAGAUAGUUCAACCCCCCAGCAGGACCAAGGUCAGUCCCAGGCCUGUCCUCAGCACCCCUACCCUGGCUUGGAGGGCAGAGAGAGGGAGCUGCCGGGUAGCAACCACGGGACCCUCCGCAGCCACCAUGGAACCCUGGACAGGCACCACCACAACAGGGGGGAGAGAGAGGGUACAGAGGGCAGGGGAGAGGGACUGCCAGAGCUGGCCCAGGUAGCAGAGAAGAAACUGUCCCGAAUAGAGAACGUUCACGGAUACGUCUCCCAUGCACACAUCUCCCCUACGAAGGCAAACCCACCUCCAGUGGUGGUCAACACAGACAGUUUGGACACCCCCCCAUACGUGAAUGGAACAGAAGCAGAUUAUGAGUAUGAGGAGAUCACCCUGGAACGGGGUAACUCGGGGUUGGGCUUCAGUAUUGCGGGGGGGACAGAUAACCCCCACAUUGGAGAAGACCCCAGUAUCUUCAUCACCAAGAUCAUCCCUGGAGGAGCUGCAGCUCAGGACGGAUGCCUCAGAGUGAAUGACUGCAUAAUGAGAGUAAACGAGGCAGACGUGAGGGAUGUGACCCACAGUAAGGCCGUGGAGGCCCUAAAAGUGGCUGGCUGCAUCGUCAGGCUCUACGUCCGCAGGAGAAAAGUCCUCUCAGAGAAGAUCAUGGAGCUCAAACUAGUCAAAGGUCCUAAAGGGCUAGGGUUCAGUAUUGCGGGUGGAGUAUGGAACCAGCACAUUCCAGGCGACAACAGCAUCUAUCUCACCAAGAUCAUUGAGGGAGGGGCUGCACACAAAGACGGGAGGUUGCAAACAGGAGACAAACUAUUGGCUGUAAACAGCGCUUGUCUUGAGGAGGUGAGUCACGAGGAUGCCGUGGAGGCCUUGAAAAACACCCCCGAUGUGGUUUACUUGAAAGUGGCGAAACCCACCAGUGUCUUCAUGAACGACAGCUUCGCUCCGCCCGACAUCACCAACUCAUAUUCCCCUCACAAGGACAACCAUAUCAGCCCGUCCAACUACCAUAGCCAGCCCCAUACCCCCGACACACCCGGACGCUACUCACCCAUCCCCAAGAGCAUAUUGGGAGACGACGAGAUCACAAGGGAGCGCAGGAAGGUGAUGCUAUACCGUGGCUCUACAGGCCUGGGUUUUAACAUAGUAGGAGGAGAGGAUGGAGAGGGAAUCUUUAUUUCCUUUAUCCUGGCUGGUGGACCUGCUGACCUCUGUGGAGAGCUCCGGAAAGGAGACCGCAUCAUCUCAGUAAACGGGGUUGAGCUCCACAGUGCAACCCAUGAGCAGGCAGCUGCUGCUCUGAAGAACGCUGGACAGACGGUCAACAUCGUAGCCCAGUACAGGCCAGAGGAAUACAGUCAGUUUGAAGCCAAAAUCCAUGAUCUUCGGGAGCAGAUGAUGAACAGUAGAAUCAGCUCAGGCUCUGGCUCUCUACGGCCCAGCCAGAAAAGAACGCUCUACGUCAGGGCCCUGUUUGACUAUAACAGGACAAAGGACUCUGGGCUGCCCAGCCAGGGGCUUAACUUCCACUUUGGAGACAUCCUUCACGUGGUGAACGCCUCCGAUGACGAGUGGUGGCAGGCGAGGCACAUGACCCACGAAGAAGAGGUAGAUGAGGUCGGAGUCAUCCCCAGCAGGAGGAGGGUAGACAGAGCGCGGUUAAAGACUGUCAAAUUCAAUGCCAGGUCUCAAGACAAAGGGGUCCCUGACAACAAAGCACUGAGUGGCCAGGAGGAGUAUGUCCUGUCCUACGAGCCGGUCACACAGCAGGAAGUGAACUACACACGACCCGUCAUCAUCCUGGGGCCAAUGAAGGACCGUAUAAACGAUGACCUCAUCUCAGAGUUCCCUGACAAAUUUGGAUCCUGUGUCCCACACACGACCAGAUUAAAACGGGAUUACGAGGUGGAUGCCAGAGACUACCAUUUUGUGGUGUCCAGGGAGCAGAUGGAGAAAGACAUCCAGGAUCACAAGUUUAUCGAGGCAGGCCAGUACAACAACCACCUGUAUGGAACCAGCGUCCAGUCUGUACGGGAGGUCGCUGAGAAGGGGAAGCAUUGCAUCCUGGAUGUUUCAGGCAACGCCAUCAAACGACUACAGUCGACCAUGCUCUACCCCAUCGCUAUUUUCAUCAAGCCCAAGUCUGUGGAGAAUAUCCUAGAGAUAAAUAAGAGGCUAACAGAGGACCAGGGGAGGAAGACGUUUGACAGAGCCAUAAAACUGGAGCAGGAGUUCACUGAGCACUUCACUGCUAUAGUCCAGGGGGACUCUCUGGAGGAGAUCUACAACACGGUGAAAAUCAUCAUCGAGGAGCAGUCAGGACCCUUCAUCUGGGUGCCUGCCAAGGAGAAGUUGUGAAAGGAGGACAGAAGAUAGUACCCUUAUGUUCUUUAAGUGGUCUUCUCUGUCUUUUUAUUUUUACCAACCUGGCCUGCUGUGAUUGCUGGCCCUCUUGCCCGGAGCUUAGCACCCCCCCCCCCUCCUACACACACACACAUGCAUGCAUACAUACGUCUCCAUCUUUCUCUCACACACAAACACCACCCGGCUCCCCUCUGUCACACUGGCUAGAGAGCUGAUCACGCGUUGGAGUUGAUGAUCUAUCUUUCUCUCUCUCACACACACGCACAAAAUUAUUUAAUGCUGUCUCUUUCUCUCACACACAAACAUACACUCUCUGGGGUUUUCUUGGGCUGUCUCUGACUGGUGUCUGGAUCUUGUCUCUGGAUGUUUUUCAUACUUAUGGGGGGAUUUUUUUUUGGUACAAUUCCUUAAUGUUUAAGGAACAUGAUUUUAGAUGCAAUAUUAAUUAUAUUUUUUUCCCUUUUUUUCAUGUAUAGGUUCGUCAAAGGAAAUGACAUGAGGCAAAACUUAGCACGUUUAUAGCUUUAAAGAGCAUGUUUCGGACAUGUUUUCUUGUCACGUUUUUGUUCUUCAUUUCUCAUUUGGACUUGUAUCUGAACUGCAUUACUCAUCGCCAUUAUUUUUCACAUGUUGUAUAUCCAUGCACACCAACGUACGUCUCUGCUCAUCUGAAGCAGCCAUGCAUACCUGUUUUAGUCUUUUCGAACUACGCAGAGGUAACUAAGUGAGUAGUUGCCUAUCAUUAGCCACCUUCGUUCACUACGAUCCAUGAUGGUUUUAAUCUAUUCAUGUCACUAAGCUUUUGGAGGGGGUCUACUUCCCGACCAGAAAUAGAUUGAAUGAAUGAAUGGCUGUUUUUGAACUGACUCCAGGUGUCCAUGUAUUAAUAUUAGGAGCAAAACACUGAUGCAAAAUAAUGAAUUGUACACUGAGAUUUUAACUGAUAUUUAACCUUCAGUCUACUGCCUAUUUUGUUAUAAUAAAAUGUCUAUAUUGAGCUUUACUUAAACUCUUACAGAUAUGGGGAAUUAUUUUCUUUGUUGUUGAAGGGACAGUUUAUGAAUAUGAAUAUAUAACAGUACCAGUCAAAAGUUUGGACACCUACUCAAUCCAUGGUUUGUUUUAUUUUUUAAUAUUUUCUACAUUGUAGAAUAAGAGUGAAGGCAUCAAAACUAUGAAAUAACACAUUGAAUCAUGCAGUAACAAAGUGUUAAACAAAUCUAUAUAUAUUUGAGAUUCUUCAAAGUAGCCACCCUUUGCCGUGAUGACAGCUUUGCACACUCUUGACAUUCUCUCAACCAACUUCAUGAGGUAGUUACCUGGAAUGCAUUUCAAUUAACAGGUGUGCCCAGUUAAAAGUUAAUUUGUGGGAUUUCUUUCCUCAAUGCGUUUAAGUCAAUCAGUUGUGUUGUGACAAGGUAGGGGUGAUAUACAGAGGAUAGUCUUUUACCAAAUAAGGCUAAGUCCAUAUUAUGGCAAGAACAGCUCAAAUAAGCAAAGAGAAACAACAGUCCAUUACUUUAAGGCAUGAAGGUCAGUCAAUCUGGAAAAUUUCAAGAAUUUUGAACAUUUCUUCAAGCGCAGUCACAAAAAGCAUCACGUGCUAUGAUGAAAUUGGCUCUCAUGAGGACCGUCACAGGAAUGGAAGACCCAGAGUUACCUCUGCUGCAGAGGAUAAAUUCAUUAGAGUUACCAGCCUCAGAUUACAGCUCAAAUAAAUGCUUCAAAGUUCAAGUAACCGACACAUCUCAACAUCAACUUUUCAGAUACGAUUGUGUGAAUCAGGCCUUCAUGUUCAAAUUGCUGCAAAGAAACCACUACUAAAGGACACCAAUAAUAAGAAGAGACUUGCUUGGGCCAAGAAACACAAGCAAUGGACAUUAUUAGACCGGUGGAAAUCUCUCCUUUGGUCUGAUGAGUCCAAAUUUGACAUUUUUGGUUCCAACCGCUGUCUCUGUGAAAUGCAGAGUAGGUGAACGGAUGAUGUCUGCAUAUGUGGUUCCCACCGUGAAGCAUGGAGGAGGUGUGAUGGUGUGGGGGUGCUUUGCUGGUGACACUGCCAAUGAUUUAUUUAGAAUUCAAUGCACACCUAACCAGCAUGGCUACCACAGCAUUCUGCAGCAAUACACCAUCCCAUCUGGAUUCUGCUUAGUCCCAAUAUCAUUUGUUUUUCAAAAGGACAAUGACCCAACACACCUCCAGGCUGUGUAAGUCCCAUCUGACCAAGAAGUAGAGUGAUGGAGUGCUACGUCAGAUGACCUUGCCUCCACAAUCACCCGACCUCAACCCAAUUGAGAUGGUUUGGGUGAUGAAUUGGACCGCAGAGUGAAGAAAAAUCAGCCAACACAAGUUUUCAGCAUAUGUGGGAACUCCUUCAAGACUGUUGGGAAAGCAUUCCAGGUGAAGCUGGUUGAGAGAAUGCCAAGCGUGUGCAAAGUUGUCAUCAAGGCAAAGGGUGGCUACUUUGAAGAAUCUCACUUUGAAGAAUCGCAAAUAUAAAAUAUAGGAUAGGAAUAUGGGUUAAGUUUGGUAACCAGACACAUGUAAACCCUGACUCUGAACUCCAGUGACUGGCUGAGGUGUAAAACUGUGUGUUGGUGAAGCAGUGUAAACUAACCAAUGUUGUGGCAGCUGGUUCUUUCCCCCUGUCCAUUCCACUUCCCCGUUAGUUUUCUUUUUCAUGUGAUGUGCAUGGUUUUUUAAAAGCAAUGGUCUUUAUUAAAUAAAAAGACAAGGGGGGAAAAAAAACAAAAAAAGGAGCCUGUUCACCAAGGAUUGUGACAAGGUCAUAUCUUCAAGCUCUGCAUGGGGAUCAUCCAGACAAACACAGCAGAAUUGUGUACACACAGCAGUAGACAGUCCUCAAGUGUGUUCGUAUCUGAAUGGAAAAGAGCUGACAGCGCUCUCCAAAGCGCAAUGCCUUUACAUGUCCUCCGGAUGGCGCUGUGCUGGAAUCUUCCCUCCCGCUCCUGCUUCCACAAAGAUGAUUGUUUUCUAUACAACUUCUUCUUCUUCAUCAGCUCACCACAGCUUUCUAUCUCACUUUUGGAUUCGAGUCUGUAAAUAAUCCCCUUCCUGAUUCAUUCCAUUUGUUAUGAAAAUAACUGCCAAUAAACCCUUUCUCCAAA